GAAGGGAGUCGAACCUAAAAUUUAAAAUUGUUGUUUUUAUGAACUAUGCCCCUUUGCAGCCCGUUGUAAGCUAGGGUUUCUAAAACCCUAAUUCCAUAAAACCCUCCGAUUAUAUAAAUUUUUAUAUUACAUCGCUUCCAAGCUCAAGUUUUAGUUUGAAAUCGAUGGCGAUGCGUGAAGAAGACAGCGAUUCCGAAGCUCCCGAAGAAUUUACAGUCGAGCAGGGUAUACAUAUAAAUGAAGAGAUUACAAAAGUUCAAAAAGAAAACAAGGCUAGGGUUGUCCGUGAAGGAAAGGAACGUCGCAGACAGUGGGCUCAAAAGCUGACACCAAGACCAUCACGUCCAGAUAAAAGCAUUCAAAAUGUAAUAGAAAUGCCUCAAGAGAGUGAAGAUAAUAAAGAUAUGCUUCCAGACAACAUAGUGCAGGAACUUGCUGCUCAAGAGAAGAAAGUUUUUUUGUCAGACUCUGAGGAAGAGAAUGCUGAGAAAAGACAUACCUCAAGAAAGAAAAAACCAAAAAGCUCUGGGUUCGGACCUGUAAUUCUGAGUGACAUACCGCCUCCUCUAUGCUUACAGAAUUCAUUAGAAUUCUUAAAGAAAAGGAAAUCUCAGGUACCACGGUCCUAUGCAGUUCUGAAUAACUCUAGCCAAGCACUUCGCUUUAUUUCAACAAAGUUGCUGAAUAAGAAAUAAUAUGAUUGUAAAGUCAGCUUUGGCUGCUCUUGGCUAGGUCAGUAUUAUGCAUGCAAAUGUCGUAAAAGCAGCCAUUAGACUCAUUACUUGUUCACUUUUAAAUUUUUUAUCAACUGAACCGAAUUUGCAAUGUGUGUAUUGUUGGUGCAAACUUCCUGUUGUGUGCCAUUUCUUUUAUGUGAUAUUAAUGUAGAUGUUGAACUAUAUUUGUUUAGUCCUUAAAGGGUUAUCAAACUGACCUGUGUUAUUGAUAAAUAGUAGCAUGUUGCUUGUA